GGCUCGUAUGCCCACCGUGAUCCGUCUUUUCCUUUCCUUUCCUUCUCACCCCGCUUGGCUUGGUUUCUUUCUCGUCAAUCAUGAAGUCCGCGUCAAUUCUGGCCGUCACGGCGCUCGCCGCCUCAACUUCUGCCGCAGGUGGCCCUGGGGACGGAUACGGCCAUGGCCCGGGAAAGGGAAAGCCAUUGGUGUCGUCGGCCCAGCUCCAGAAGCUCAUCACUCUGAAGGAUUUGCUUGCUGGUUCGCAGAAGCUGCAGGACUUCGCUAAUGCCAACGGUGGCAACCGCGCUUUCGGAGGAGGAGGACACAAUGCUACCGUGGAUUAUCUCUACAAUGAGCUCAAGAAGACCGGCUACUACAAUGUCUACAAGCAGCCAUUCGUCGAGCUCUUCACUGCCGCUACUGUCGAAUCCUCGGCCAACGGGGAGCCCUUUACUGGCGAGUACAUGACCUAUGGUCCAUCUGGCAACGUCACGGCACCAUUUGUCCUUGUCAACAACAUCGGUUGCAAUGCAUCGGAUUACCCUGCUGCAGUUGCUGGCAAUGUUGCCCUCAUCAAGCGUGGAGAGUGUACCUUCCAACAGAAGGCCCUGAACGCAAAGGCAGCUGGUGCCGCGGGAGCCGUCAUCUACAACAACAUCAAUGGUACCCUUUCCGGCACCCUUGGUGGAACUGGAGACUAUGCUCCUACCAUUGGUGUCAGCGGCGAGAUCGGCCAGUCCCUUCUUGCAAAGGUUCAGGCCGGUGAGACCGUUGCCAAGAUCGUCGUCAACGCCAUUCAGGAGAACCGAACCAACUACAACGUCAUCGCUGAGACGAAGGAGGGCGACCACAACAAUGUCCUUAUGAUUGGAGGUCACACCGACUCGGUCUUUGCCGGCCCCGGUAUCAACGACGACGGGUCCGGAUCUAUCGGCACCCUCGUAGUCGCCAAAGCCCUGACCAAAUUCAAAGUCAAGAACGCCGUCCGUCUCGGCUUCUGGGGUGCCGAGGAGUUCGGCAAGCUGGGCUCCAACUACUACCUCAAGUCGAUCAACGGCACCAUCAGCGGCAGCCCCAAGGAAGCCGCCAAGAUCCGCGCCUACCUCAACUUCGACAUGAUCGCCUCGCCCAACUACGUCCUGGGCAUCUACGACGGCGACGGCAGCGCCUUCAACUUCACGGGGCCCCUCGGCUCCAACACCAUCGAGAAGGACUUCCAGGACUUCUUCACCUCCAAGGGCAAACCCUACGUCCCCUCCAUCUUCAGCGGCCGCUCCGACUACGCCGCGUUCCUGGAAAACGGCAUCCCCUCGGGCGGCCUCUUCACGGGCGCCGAGGAAAUCAAGACCGAGGAGGAGGCGCAGCUGUUCGGCGGCAAGGCCGGCGAACCGCUCGACCACUGCUACCACAAGAAGUGCGACGACAUCAACAAUCUCUCGCACGAGGCGUAUCUGCUUAAUGCGCAGAGCAUCGCCAAUUCGGUGGCCAAGUACGCAGUUGAUUUCAAGGGGAUCCCCAAGCCGAAUCUGGCGGUGAGGAAGCGGGAUGCGGAGAUUCAUCGAUAUCAGACGAGGAAUGGGGAUGGGGCGCAUGUGCAUGGGACGCAUGCGGCGCCUUGUGGGCAGGGGCAUAAUGCUAUUUAGACUAUAUGGUAGCACAGGUGACGGGCGAUGAUGCGAUGAUGUGAUGAGGUGUAGAUUCUAGUUACCAAUUGUAAUCUGUUCAAAUGCCUAGGGUUCUUCAGGCUUAUGGUGUUUUGUAUGUUUGUGUGAGGAGGUGGUAGUGGAUUUGCAUGUGGAUUGGAAAUAAGCAAUCACUCAUGUCUGGC